CGGCGUUUAAAAGACAGAUUUAAAAUCAGUUUUACUGCACUUUGCGCGCGCGUUUUAUGCACUCUCGGAAUAAAAAAAUUUCCGAGAUUUGGAGAAGAGAGGGGAAGAAGAAGAAAAAAAUUUUGAAGAAAUUUUUGUUCCUGGUCAUUCUUGGCGAAGCCGGCCGAGCUGCAGCACGACGUUCGGUGGUGGUGCACCGUCGUUGCUCUCCCGGCGCUGCUGUCCGUCGCUGGUUCGAACUCUGUUCGAAGGCACGUGAGGGCUCGCAGAUCAGACGCCGUGCGAGUUCAGUUCAAGUGCAAGUACCGCGUGUAAGUACCGUCCAGGUUUGCGCGAUGUCUACCACUAGGUGCCCGAGGUCGAUAUAAGCGGCGAGUCGGCGCUUCAUCGUAAGAUGUAUUACUUAGACGUUUCUCUAGAAAUUCCACCUGAUCCCGAUCUCGUAGUGUCUCCCGUGUACAUCAAAAAGAACGUUUUGGAAGCCGUUCGUUCGCUAUUCGGAGAGGAGGGAGCCAAGAGUCCCAUAGACGUUCUAAAGGUUGGUCCAAAGCGCAGAUUUGUCUUGCGCUGCGCGUCCGACAACUACGUCCGGCUACGAGCUAGCCUGACUCUGAGCACGACGUACGAGGGAAAGUCGUGCGUCUACACGAUUCACCGGGCGUCGCCGAAUCUACUGUCGUUCACCGCCGACAGUAGGACGUAUCAGCACGGAGAAGCCUCCUUCGAAUAAUCACCAUGCCUCUGAUACGUAAAGAGGGCAAGGACACCAUUAUCUUCGCCUCUAAGGAGGAUCACGCGGUACCCAGCAAGAUCAGUCUGCCCGAGCCAGAACCGAGUCCCGGUUUGUUGUUGCCCAACGGUGAGAUCAAUUGGAACUGCCCGUGUCUGGGUGGCAUGGCAACCGGGCCAUGUGGCUUGGAAUUCCGCGAGGCCUUCUCCUGCUUCCACUACUCGACCGCAGAUCCGAAAGGCUCGGACUGUCGCACGGCGUUCGAGACGAUGCAGAGCUGCAUGUCGCAAUACCCGGCGCUGUACGAGAGCAAGGGCAUGUCAACGGACGACCUGGAGGACGACGAGGAGCUCGGAGAGGUGGAGGAAGAGAAGAAGCAGCCGUCGACGGGCAGCGAGGACAAGAGAAAGGCGAUGGUCGCUAGUCAAGGCACAGCGGAUUUGCGAUAGUCGCCUCUCUCUCGUCUUACUAUCUUAAUUAAUUACUUUAAGUAAAUUAAUUUUACCUGUUGCACUGUAUAGUUCAAAAUAAAUUUCUAGAAAAGAAUAUAUUUUCAAUGAAAGUUAGAUCAAUGAAAUCGCUGUUAAUUUAUUGCGAACAGCUUGAAGCAGGUAAAAUUGCGGCUCACAAAUUAAUCUAGGUAGAGAUCUCCCGAAGGAAAACCUCAGUAUUAUGAGAUUAACAAUUUAAAUAUUCUAUAUUCUAUAUGCGCGAUCUAGCAUAAGUUGGAGUAAGUUUAUCAGUUUUGCCUGAAAAGAAAAACUUUAUUUCUUCGUA